UCAGCUCCGAGCAGCUGACAGCCGCGGAGCUCCACUGUUAUUGGGAAGGCACGAUCUUGAGACCAUAUGUACUUCUUGAGUGUAAAACUUUUCAACAGUUCUAUUAUGGGAUAACAAGUAAUACUUGGAUAAGAAGUUGAAAUUGGAGAAGACGUUUUGAAGAGAAAGAUUACGCUGUGCAGAUUCGUCAUCCACUCGCAGCCUAUCUUUACAUCAUCUCUGAAAAUAAUGGUGAUGACAGGGAGGGCUUGUGUUCUUUUUUCAAAGCCUUGCAGUGGAAGUCCGUCUCUGAGAACGCCCCUGAAUCCGCUGGCGUCAGGAUUGAACUCAGGAUUGAACUUUACCACUGAACUACUUUUUCAUUCCUUUUUUUAAAUUUUGAAACAAAAUCUCACAAAAAAACAAAAAACAAAAGUUGCUGAAGUUGGAAUCAAACUUCAUCCUUUUGUUUCAGCCUCCACAGUAACAGGGAUCACAGGUGUGCACCACCAUACUUUACUGAUUUUUAUUUUCUGACAUAAAUAUUUAAUUUUUUUCUUACUCUUUCCUGCCAAAUUCUGGUCCCACUGUGAAGUAGAUUUAUGUUAAGUUACCUUUUCUGACAAAAUUAUCUUCAAAAAGCAUUGCUGUCCUGGACCACAAUUGCCAAAUUAAUAGUAUAUGCUUGCAGUGUGCAGAUUCAGCAAAUCAAGAAAUAUUCACAAAGGUAGAGUCAACCUGGAUCUUGAAGGAUGAAUCAGACCGUACAAACAAGUUGGAAAGAAGGACAUGCAAGCAUCGAGCACAUUAAGUGAAAAGGGAGAUUUCAUUUUGUUUGAGACUGGAUACAGCUGAAACCAAACCACACACCAGAAAAGGUAUGAUGGCUAAGAAGCCCCCGAAACCAGCGCCUCGCAGGAUCUUCCAGGAACGAUUAAAGAUUACUGCUCUACCCUUAUACUUUGAAGGUUUUUUGUCAGUCAAGCGAGCAGCAUACCAGGAGUACAAACGUUAUUGGACAGAGUUGAGAGGAACUACGCUUUUCUUUUAUACCGACAAGAAAAAUACAACAUAUGUGGACAAAUUAGACAUAAUAGAUCUUAUAUGCCUUACUGACCAAAAUUCAACUGAAAAGAACUGUGCAAAAUUUACCCUUGUUUUGCCAAAAGAGGAAGUGCAGCUGAAGACAGAAAAUACAGAAAGUGGGGAAGAAUGGAGAGGAUUCAUUCUUACAGUAACAGAGCUAUCAGUUCCACAUCACGUGUCUCUUUUACCUGGGCAAGUUAUUAGACUGCACGAAGUCCUAGAAAGAGAAAAGAAUAGAAGGAUUGAGAUACAGCAGCUAUCAAUUACACCUGUGGAAAAAGAGAAGGAACCAAUUGAAGAUUAUGUGGAUGUACAGAACCCUAUGCCAGUAUGCUUUUAUACAGUUUCCCGGAAAGAAGCAACUGAGAUGCUGGAGAAGAAUCCUUCCCUGGGGAAUAUGAUCCUGAGACCUGGUAGUGACAGUGGAAACUACUCCAUCACUAUCCGGCAGGAGAUAGACAUGCCAAGAAUCAAGCACUACAAAGUGAUGAGCAUAGGAAAAAACUACACUAUUGAACUGGAAAAACCUGUAACACUCCCAAACCUUUUCAGUGUCAUUGAUUAUUUCGUGAAGGAGACUCGAGGAAAUUUAAGACCAUUUAUAUAUUCAAUAGAGGACAACCUUGGCCAAGAACACAACAUAAAAGGGAGAAGUGAGAAGCUGAAGAAAAACCCACAGAUUGAAUGAAAUGAAAUGUGAAAACUGCCUUCAUGUAACUUGUUAAUUCAUGUUUUCAAAAGGAAGAACUUACUUUUAAAGAAAAUCACCUCUGUUAUCCUCCAAACAAAGUAGCACACAAUUUCAUUAUUUUAUCAGAAUAAAACCCAGGGGAAAACCAUAGGCUGUGACUAACCUGUAGAUAAAUACAUGUGUUUCAAUGCACUGAUGUAAGCUGAAAGCAUGUAAUUCUUUCUAAAUGGAGGUUUUGUUUUUCUAGGCUUCAAUUAGAUACUUAGCUGUAUGCAAUCUCCACCACAGAUUUUCUAGUUCUAAAUCCUAAUUCCCCCCCAAAAAAUCUCAACAGGCUUCUUAACAAUCUGAUUUGGCCAAUUUAUCAGAUGUAAGUCAUUUAAAUUAAAUAGCUGUAAGCCAGAGAGACAUGAAGUAACCAGAAGCCCUUUUCCAAUGGAAAUACUUAUGACACAUAUUUUGUUACAGAAAAUAAAUAAAACUGAUUCA